ACAACCAUCUUGAUCCAUGCAAAAUCACGGGGCAAGCGGAUCACUGUCCUUCCUUCCUCGUGAAAAGCAAAAUACAUAAGUAAGUGCGCGCGUUUGUAAUUGAAGUCAACUAUUGCGCGACAUCACUAAUCUCUCAUCUAUUUAUUUACCAACCCCAGUGUUAUUAAUUGGCUAUUUAACAAGUUCAACCACUACUGUCAAUUCAAGUGUAAACCGAAAAUCGUCGAUUGGAGCAGGCGAUAACCAGAGUAUGAUCGAGUCUUUAUGGUUUAUCCCUGAAGGCUUGAGAAUAGAAAACAAAUCAAAAUGCCACCGAAACAACGUAAAAUAGCUAUUAUGGGCUAUAGAUCAGUGGGGAAGUCAUCGUUGAGCAUUCAAUUCGUCGAGGGACAGUUUGUGGACUCUUAUGAUCCCACUAUUGAAAAUACAUUCACUAAAAGUACGCGUGUAAAUAGUCAAGAUUACGAAGUUAAAUUAGUUGAUACUGCUGGUCAGGAUGAGUACAGCAUAUUCCCCACACAGUAUUCCAUGGAUAUCCACGGUUACGUUUUGGUAUAUAGCAUAACAAGUGCAAAAAGCUUCGAGGUUGUACAGAUUAUCUACGACAAGCUGCUCGACAUAACUGGAAAAGUUCAUGUUCCAAUCGUUCUAGUUGGUAACAAAACAGAUUUGUACGUAGACAGAAUGGUGACGACAGAACAGGGAAAACGCCUGGCUGAUUCUUGGCACGCAGCAUUCCUGGAAACAAGUGCAAAACAGAAUGAAUCAGUGGCCGAUAUAUUUCAUACACUGCUGAUGGAGAUUGAAAAAGCAGAUGGAAAUGUACAAGAACCGUCAAAGUGCAUCAUCUCUUGAAUAUAAUGGAAUUUAAAUUUAUUAUAACGAUGAUAAUCAUAAUGAAACGAGACGCGUUUUAUUUAAAUUGAUUAAUAAGCAGGUACCGAAUGUGAGUCGUAAAUGCGCCCUAUAUUGUUCUCUUUUUUUUUUCUUUGAAACGGACGAUGAACCCAGUGAUCCUUCUGGUGAUAGACGGUGUCCUCGGUAUUUGCAUUUAGUUUUUACUUUCAGCAAGAAUUUAAUUGCUAUUUAUAUUGUCAUCUUUUAUACUCCCUGGUGCCCAAAAAUAUUUAUCCAUUUAGUCAAUUGUAUCAUAUUUGGUCGCCUGAAAAGUGAUUCAAUCACUUUUUGAAGUAAUCCUGGUAGUUAUGUGCCUCUAAACACCAACUGUAUCAGAAAUCAAAAAAUAAUUCUCGAUAAUACAAAAAUUUGAUCCAAUAUCAUUAUUUUCCGCCUCCUCAAUAUGCCGAUAACUUAAUAACCGAGGAACGUAUAUACUAAAAAUAUCAUUUACGUAAAAAUCAUGCUUUUAUGUUGUGCUCCAUAUUGAACUUCUUUCGGGAAUUUACGUUGCCAUGUUAUUGAGCUAUUGAUGUAUAUUCCACAUUUCGAACAGAGAAAAAAACUCCAAGAAUUGCAAAAUGACACAAUAUAAUUUUCAUAAAAAUUUAUCAUCUUACCUGUCUGAGGAGUUUGUAUAAGUGUGAAAACAAUUAAAUACUGUAUGUGUUCCUGGAGAAAAGGUAUGCUAGCAAAUAUUGCAAACAAACGACUGUUAUUCAUUUCGUUUCAACUUCGAUCAGUCGAUUUGUCUUCAAUGCUCGAUUCUUGCUCAAUGAUCGACCUGGCUUCAAUCAAA